GGGUUCGCCUAUGCCAAUGUAUCUAAUCCCGAAAUCUGCACGAACGAUGUUUGGCCUGGCAAGUAUGGGGAAUACAAAACCAAUACGGCGCUUCAAUAUGACACAUUCUUUCACAAGGUUGUGGCAUGGGGAUAUCCUGCGCUGGCGAAGCUACCUAAUAAAAGUCGUCACAGUGUCAGUAGAUCAAUCUCAACAAGUGAUGACAAUGAUACUUCAAAUAAUAUUACCGCGUCAAAUGCACCGAUGACGGUUCCCAAACCCGUAGAAUUAUUUAAACUGCACCUGGGAGAUUUAGCAAAGGGUGAGAAGCCCACAUUACCGGAAGGGAUGGAUUACAAAAGACCUAUCACGGAUUAUUUAAGGGAGAUGGCGGAAGCAGCUUCGGUUUGUUGCAUAAAAUUUUUCAAGGAACGACUCACCAACUCAGUAGGAUCUCAAUUUCUGACUGUCGAUAUCGGGGGUGGAACUGUUGACUUGACCAAGCGCAAAUUGCUUGACAACUUUAAACUAGAUGAAAUCAGUGAAAGUACGGGCGGCUUCUGUGGAAGUUCUUACGUGGAUAAAGAAUUCGUCAAAUUUCUUGGGAGGAAAAUUGGGGAAACCGCGAUUCGACUUUUCGAACGAAACAAUUACGGUCAAUUUCAAUAUCUCAUACAAGAAUUUUGCAAACGCGUUAAGAUCCCGUUCACCGGUAAUCCCGAAGAUUUUAAAGAAUAUGAAUUAGAUAUUGAAGAGGUCUGUCCCGUUCUGAAACAGUAUGUCCAUGGCUUGGAGAGAACCAUAUUGGAAUAUGAUGAAUGGAUUAUCACCAUUGGCUUCAAAGAUGUGAAAGAGAUGUUUGAUCCAGUGGUUGAGAAGAUCUUAAAAUUAAUCGAUGACCAGAUAACCAAGGGCGAUGAAUUUGUUUCAUCGAUUUUCUUGGUAGGCGGAUUUAGUGAAUCAGAAUAUUUACAGUCAAGAAUCAAAGAGGAAUUUUCCUCUAAAGUAUUGAAUAUCUGUGUGCCUGUGGAACCGAUAAGUGCCGUGGUUAGAGGCGGACUAGAAUAUGGAUUGAACAUUGGUGUUGUUCGGAGUAGAGUAUUGAAGUAUACGUAUGGUGUAAUGGUUAACGCAAGAUUCAAUGAGCUUAAAGAUCCCGUGGAAAGAAGAAAAGAGGAUGGAAGAAUUUUUAAGUUUCAUCGGUUGGCCGAAAGAGGAACGCAAGUUAAUGUCGAUCAAGAAUUUUCCGACAUCUUCCCUCCCUCAUCUGAAAGGCAGACUAGUGUAAGGUGUGCUGUCUAUAUCACCACUGCUCAAGAUGCCGAGUACGUUGAUGAACCCGGAAUGAAAUUUUUAGGCAGUUUAUCGUUUGAUCUGCCUGAUCCUGAAUUAGGUUACAAUAGAAAGAUUUACUUCUCUUUGACUUUCGGGCAAAUGGAAAUCCGUGCUAAUGCGAAAAAUCUCAAGACCGGUAGAAGUUAUGUGACCAGCUUUGAACUGAAUUUGCAGGACAAGUGA